AUGGAAGCUCGGAAGCUGCCACCCAUGCCUAGAACCACUCUCCCAUUUCUCAAGAACAUUCUGGACGCCGGUGGAAAUGCUGAACGGUUCCAUGACUGGCUUAAUGAACAAUCCAUCGAGUUCGACAACCGACCGUGGAUGUUCGCAAUCCCCGGACGUCCUGCUACCAUUGUGAUCUCGUCACCUGAAAUGUUUAAAGAUGUGCUGGUGACUCAAGACGAUAUUUUCCUUCGUGGACCUCCACCUCUUCUCUAUGCAGAUGAUGAAGGACGUCAUGGAAGCGACAGUGUGCGAGAAGUUAAGCGUGUUUUUGGAUGUCUUGGACAUUUACGCGAAGCGUGA